UGGGUGUAUGAUGAACAAUCUCAAUCAUCUUGAUUCAGAUUACUCUGAGUAUGUUGAAGUUGAUCCUACUGGAAGAUAUGGAAGAUACAAUGAAGUUCUGGGUAAAGGAUCUUCAAAGACAGUUUACAGAGGAUUUGAUGAGUAUGAAGGUAUAGAAGUAGCAUGGAACCAAGUAAAGCUCUACGAUUUCUUGCAGAGUCCUCAAGAACUGGAGAGGCUUUACUGUGAGAUCCAUCUUCUCAAAACCUUAAAACACAAAAGCAUCAUGAAGUUCUAUGCUUCUUGGGUCGAUACCGAUAAUCGAAACAUUAAUUUUGUCACUGAAAUGUUCACUUCCGGCACCUUGAGACAGUAUAGGCUAAAACACAAGAGAGUGAACAUAAGAGCGGUGAAGAAUUGGUGUAGACAGAUCUUAAGAGGAUUAAACUAUCUUCAUACACAUGACCCUCCAGUGAUUCAUAGAGAUCUCAAGUGUGACAACAUUUUUAUUAAUGGGAACCAAGGAGAAGUCAAGAUUGGUGAUCUUGGUCUUGCUGCUUGUUUACAACACUCUCACGCUGCUCAUUGUGUUGGGACACCAGAGUUCAUGGCUCCUGAAGUUUAUAAAGAAGAAUACAACCAAUUAGUCGAUAUUUACUCGUUCGGGAUGUGUGUUUUGGAAAUGGUAACAUUUGAUUACCCGUAUAGCGAGUGUUCUCACCCGGCUCAGAUUUACAAGAGAGUUAUAUCGGGCAAGAAACCAGCCGGAUUAGACAAAGUGAAGGAUCCAGAGGUUAAAGACUUUAUAGAGAAGUGUUUGGCCACAGUGUCCCUUCGGCUCUCUGCGCGUGAACUACUCGACGACCAUUUUCUUUAUACCGAUGAAAGUGAAUCGGAUACAAGAUCCCUAGAGAUAUAUGAAGCUGGGACUCUUUAUAGACAUUCUUAUCAUAUACCUGAACAUUACUUCAAUGACCAAACCAACAUCAACUCUCUUGAUCAUCCUCACAACUCAAACGGUUACUACAGCCACGAUAAUGAGUCUGUAGAGUCACAUGGAGUACAAUUGCAAAAUGAUGAUGAAGAAGAAGUUGUAGAAGACGAAGAUCAGAGCUCUGGUCAUGUUGACAUAAGCAUUAAAGGAAAGAGAAGAGAAAAUGGUGAUGGACUAUUCUUGCAACUAAGAAUCAUCGACAAGGAAGGGUGUGUCAGAAACAUAUACUUCCCGUUUGAUAUUGAGACCGACACAGCAAUAAGCGUUGCAAAAGAGAUGGUGGAAGAGCUGGAGAUGGACGACAGUGAUGUAACAAAGAUAGCCAAUAUGAUCGAUGGAGAGAUUGCUUCUUUAGUUCCCAACUGGAGCGUCUUCUGCAGCUGCGAAUCGAACCGUUCCUCGGUGGGAUCAAUCAUGGACUUCAACGAGAUGCCGUGUGGUCGAGACGGGUGCGAAAAUAAGCAUGGAAGGUUUGAGGAGAUCACGUUUGAGAUCAAAGUAAACCACUCUGACGAAGAAGUUGACUUUUCUUGAGAUGCAAGUAACGGGAUACACUAAAUUUUAUGAGCUAUCCGUUGAAACUGUGGAAGAUUCGAAGAUUACUAGACGAAAGUAACCAUUGAGCUUUGAGGAAGGUUUAGUCCCAAUAUGUAUUACAAAUUUACACACUGAUGCAUUUAAUACUUUUUCUUCAUAUAAUCAUACUUUCAUAUGUAUAGAAAACAUUAGAUUUACACCAAAGUUUUCAAUUGAAAUAAAAUACAUGCUUAAUCGGGUUUA